AUGUUCUUCCUCAUUCUGACCGGAAUCCUAAUAUUCAUGUUGCAGACGGGGUUCACGUUGCUUGAGGCAGGAUACGUAAGGUCCAAGAACACUGCCAACAUUCUUUUCAAGAACUUACACAUUAUUGUCAUAAGUGCCAUAGCGUACUUGCUGGUAGGGUUCCAGCUGGCAUUUGGAAGAGGAAACAGCUUCUCUGGCAUGGGCGAUUGGACAUACGGGCUGGCGAACGAGCGCCUGGUCUUUUGGUUGUUCCAGUUCGCGUUCGCUGCCACAGCUGCCACCAUAGUCUCCGGGUCGAUGGCUGAGCGGUGUGCCUUCAACGCCUACCUCAUCUGCUCCGUCAUGCUGUCUGGUGUGGUGUACCCUGUGGUGUCACACUGGACCUGGUCAGACGUUGGCUGGCUCAAGACUCAACACUACCAGGACUUCGGUGGCUCCGGCGUCGUCCACCUCACAGGGGGCGUUGCAGCUCUUGUUGGGGCUGUAAUUCUUGGACCCAGAAUCGGUCGCUUCGGACCCAAGGGCAAGGAGAUACGUGGACACUCUGUGCCGCUGGCAGCUCAGGGAUUCUUAAUCCUGCUCUUCGGGUUCCUGGCCUUCAACGGAGGGUUCCAAGCGUCCAUCAGCCACGAGGUUGAUGCUGUAGCCAUUGCCAAGGUUGUCUUCAACACUGCGAUAUCGGCCUCUUCAGGAGGCAUCGCUGUGCUCUUGAUGAAUCAUUCUAGGAGGGAGUCCCUCUGGUCCUUCCUAAUGGCCCUUAAUGGUUCUCUCGCUGGCAUGGUGUCAAUCAGUGUCGGGUGCAACGUUGUCCAGCCGUGGAGUGCCUGUGUCAUUGGUACAGUGGGUGGAUCAGUGUUCCUCGCCAUCCACACCCUUCUGCCCAAGUUGAAGGUUGACGACCCACUUGAUGCUGUGGCUGUACACAUGGGAGGUGGGUUGUGGGGGCUGGUUGCUGUGGCCCUCUUCCAGGAUGGUGGCAUUGUGUACGGGGGCAGCGCGGAGGUCCUCGCCUGGAACAUAGUGGGGGCGCUGGCCAUAGUGGCCUGGUCUGGUGGUCUUUGUUUGGUUAUGUUUGGUUCCCUCAGGCUGCUCGGCGUCUUGAGGGUGCCUCCAGAAAUGGAAAUUGCAGGAAUGGACCUCUUGAAGCACGGGGAGCCAGCUGACGCUUGGCUGGAGAGCCAGUACGAUGGAUCCAUAAAUGCACAGGAGGAGAACAAGAGGAAUUCAGAUCUUCUAGCCAACAUGUCUGCCCCAGAGAAAUGUGGUUGUACCAAUUUCCAGGACCCAAUUCCACCCAAAGAUGGUCAAAAGUGUGCGAAUCGUUCAUCGUGUUCAGUAUGUUGUUCGCCCAUGUACCCCGGCCUCCCUGAAGCUAGUCACUUCAACCCCCACAAUGACGGUGAAGGUAACUGA